AUGGCGUGUGACUGCACAAGCAUCAAGGAUUGUUCUUUCAAGCAAGGUACAAGAUGGAUGCUUCUUACUGCUUUGCCUUGGGAAAAUGAAAUGUCAUGCCAAACACGUUACCACAAUAGGGAAGAUUCAGAUGUCGACUCUAAGGAUGGUGAUGAGAACACAAAUCGAGAUGGUUUACUAAAGCAAGGGCCGAAUAUCUGGGUGCUUCAACUAAUGAGAAUCUUAAGCUAUCUAACUCAGAUUAAGUUUGCGCUGUGGUUAGCCUUCUCGAUGCAUUAG